AUAAUAUUAGAAGACUCAUUUAAGGAUGGAGAUAUUUUAAAAAAUUCCGUUAUUGUAAAAUCUGAUCAUGUUGAUGAAAAUGGACUUAAAUGUAAGAAAAUAAUUGCUUAUCCGAUUUAUUGGAAUAGAGGAAAAGGAUUGUGUCGAUUAAAAAGAAAUGAAUGUUUUCGUAAACAGGUUUCUACAUUUUUAAAUUUAGAAAAGAAAUUAAGCUGGAAAAAUAAUAUGAGCUAUAAUUAUUCUUUCUUUAUGAUAAGAAAGUUACAUAUGGAUGAAUAUAAUGAGAUAGAUGAAGGUUUCGAAAAAAACAAUGAAUAUAUAUAUAAUAUAAAUAAACUUAAUAAAAUAAAUGAAAAAAUAGAUGAUUACAAAUAUAAUAAUACGGAUAGAUAUAAGCAUGAUAUUAAGAUUGAUAAUAAUAAUAAUAAUAAUAAUAAUAAUAAUAAUAAUAAUAAUAAGGAGACUUUAUUAAAAUAUAUAGAAAAUAAUUAUUAUAUUGGGUUACAAAAAGAAAGACAUCAUUUUAUAGAUAUAAAAUCACAUAAUGAAGAAAUAUUAAAUAUAUCAUAUGACAAAGAAGGUAUAGGAGAGUCGGUGUCCUUUAUACAUAUAUUAAGUGAUUGUUACAAUUAUAAUAAUGAAAAAAAAAAUAAAUCAUGUAGUAUUUAUAUAAGUAUAUGGAAUGAAGAAGAUAUAGAGAAAGAAAUAAAUGUUUUUAUAAAAUGUAAACAAAAGAUUGUUAAGGAUAUAACACAAUUAAAGAAAAAAUUAUUUUUAUGUAAAAAGUGUGAAGAAACUAUUCUUAUAAAAUUUGAACCUAUAUAUAACAUGUUGCUAGCAUCAUGUCAUGUUUUAAUAACAAAAGAAGAAAGAAAUCUUGAUAUAAAAAAUAUAUAUGAAGAUCCUAAUAUUAGGGGUGGAAAUUAUAAAGAGCAACAUUUUCUUUUUGUUAAAGAUGAAGAAAAUGUAGAAGAACCGCAUAAUUAUAAAUAUAAAAAAGGAAAAUAUAAAAUGUAUGAUUAUGAUGAUAUGGUAAAUAUGGAUCAAACACUACAAAAUAAAGAAUAUCAUAAGAUAGAUAAAAUAAAUAAUAUUAAUAAUAAUAAUAAUAAUAAUAAUAAAAAUGUAUACAUUAUUAAAAAAGUACCCCUUACAUUCGAUGAACAAUUCUAUAGGCCAAACGAUCAUAACAUGAUGUUAUCAUAUAAUACAAUGGACUUUGUUGAAAAUGUAGAAGAUUAUAUAUUAAGAUAUAAAAGGAAAUUCUUUGUUUUUAUUAACAAGUCAGGGAAUAUUAUAAAAAUAAUUUUAUUCUUAUUCCUAGUUAUAAUAUUAUGUAUUUUUAUAAUACCAAGUUUACCUUUCUGUACAUAUUUUUUUAUUAAAUUAAAAUGGUUUCAUAAACUAAAAACAAUUCGUCUAUUGACAAUAUGGAAAAUACAAGAUACAUUUACAUUUUUUAAAAAGAUACCCAAAAAAGUAUGGAGAUUCAUCAAAAAAAUUGGGAAAAAAUGUAAACGUGGACUUUUUAAAUCUAUACUUUUUAAAAUAUUUACAAAAUAUAAAAAGGAUCAAGAACUUAUUGAUCAAGAAUAUAAAGAAAAAUUACAAAGAAAAAGAAAAAAAGAAAAAAAAAAAAAACAAAUCAGAAAAAAAUAUCAACUUCAAAAAAAGGAGAAGGAAAUUCUGAGAAAAAAAAGAUAUAAAAAGUUGAUUGAAAAUGAAAAAAUAUUUCAAAAGGAAAUCAAAAAAGAAUUCAUGAAUAAAAGAAAUAAUAAAAUAAAACACCAAAACAAACAUGAAGAAAAUGAAGAAAAUUAUUAUAUAAACAACAAAAAUUAUCAUACAUAUAGUCAUAAAAGUAAAACACAAAAACAUUAUAAAAAAUAUCAUGAUACAUAUGAAGAUAAAUAUAAUCAUAAAUGGUCUGAUAAAUAUAAAGAUAUAUAUCAUCAUAAAUAUCGUAACAAAGAACCAAAACAAAAAAAUAUAUAUAAUCAUUUAAAUAAUCCUCAUAAUCCAUCAUAUAACGAUUUAGAAAAAAAUCAAUCAUUAACUUCAAACACAAAUUCUUCUCACGAAUAUUAUGAAAACAAUAAAUAUGAAAAUACUCUUUCAUCUAAUGAACAUAUAAAAAUAAAAAAGACUCAUCAUAAAAGUAAAUUAAAUACUUUUCAAAAUAAAAACACAUAUGAUAACCAAUAUAUUAAAAAAGAACAAUAUGAUAAGGAUAAUAUAUAUUCUGAUUUCUAUGCUAUAAAAAACAAUGAUCAACAAAAUAUUCUCCAAGAAAAAAAGAAAAAUAGAAGAAGCAUAUCCAACAUAUCAAAAAUAUAUAAGAAUAAUGAUACCAUACAACUAUCUAAUAAGGAUAGUAAAACUAGUAGAAAAGAUCUUUUACCAUAA